UGUAUUUAAACUCUUGUGUGGAGGUUCUAGUCUCUAAUGUCCCUCUCUGUCCUCAGUCUUUGUGGCUGUGGUCUGUCUCCUCACAGCUGUGCUCCUCUGGCCUCAGUCCUCAGCUCCUCCAGUCUCACACAUCUGGAUCUCAGUCACAACGACCUCCAGGACUCAGGAGUGGAGCUGCUGUGUUCUGGACUGAAGAGCGCCCCCUGCAGACUGGAGACGCUCAGGCUGUCUGGAUGUCUGGUCUCAGAGAGGGGCGGGGCUGCUCUGGCCUCAGCUCUGAGCUCCGCCCCCUCCCACCUCAGAGAGUUCGACCUGAGCUACAACCAUCCAGGACCCUCCGCCGAGCUCCUGACCGCUCUACAGGACCAGCGCCCCCUGCUGUCUGUCAGGUUGGAUCCUGCUGGAGAGCGCUGGAUGGUUCCAGGUCUGAGGAAGUGUGAGUUUGGUUUUGUUUGAUAAAAGUGUCUUUAGUUUGUCACAUUUCUGUCUCUUCUGAUGUGGUCCAAACUGAGGAGAUGUUCAGGAG